AGCAGGCUUCGCUGGACGUCACAAAAUAUUUUAUAUCUUCUAAGCUUGCACACACAUUUUGUACCUCAAAAAAUCAGCCUUAAAUCCAGAAUUUAUAAGAGAUCUCCCGAUUCGACGGCCAGAUGGAGAAGUUGACGCUAAUGGACGCCAAUGCGGGGGAGCAACCGGACUAUUUGCUCGACGAGGAACUGGAUCUGCUGGGUGAACUGGGCGAUUGUCACAAGGCCAAUUUGGGGGACAUUGAUAUGAUAGCGCGCACGACCAACAAGUGUCAAGUGCCAAGUACUCGGGUGUAUUCGAUGGUCAGUCAGGGCACCGCAGUCGAGCAGCCCACGACUCUGGCCGCCGAGGAGAGCGAGUCCCAGGAGGAGGAGACGGAGCUGCUGCCCUACGCCUUGGUCGAGGAGGAGGUAACCUCGGACGAGGAGUCCAAGACCCUCAGAGCCAUUCACGGACUGGACCAGAUCCUGAAGCGAAUCGAUAUACUGCAGAGCCAGAUCCGAAGGCAUCAGCAGCUGGAGAACAGUACCGAGCAGUCGCAGGCGGAGGACCCGGUCUCCUGCGGCGGGCUCUCCGCGAAGCACUCGGAGAUCCGCUGCCUUCAGCGGGCCCAGCACCACAUCCAGUGCCAGAUCACCGAGCUGCUGUGCCGCUACGAUGGUCUCCGCGAAAUGCUGCGCGACCUGAGCCAAAACUGGGCCUGCCUGGAGCGCCGCAUAGCCGACAUCCGCAGCCACAACGUGGUGCAUCUGGAGUGGACCCAGGAGUCGGCCAACGAUCUCAGCAACUGCCAGCAGCGCCACCGAUCCCUGGCCGCCGUUAAGCUAACCAAAAAGAUGGCCCUACUGGUGACCAAGACGAAUAUGUCCAGUGGUUUUCGCUACAGCCGUCGCUUCCUGCGCCACGCCCUCCUCAGGCGACAUGUCAACGACUUCCGCUACGAAAUCGCCGAGCUGAAGCUCUUGAGUGAGCAAAUCUGUGCCGAAAUCGAUAAGCGACUGGGCAGGAUCAAGACCAAGGCCCACCAAAUGGGUGUCCAGAUUGGAAACACGCCGCGCGAGUCCCAUACGGUCGCCGAGGCGGCCGAGGUCUUCGCCGUCUCGAAGCAUCCUAAUCUGAAAGUUAUGGCGAUAUAAUGAAGUUCACGAAGAGCCUGCAAUUAGAAAUUGGUUAGAAACCACCAUGUACUUUGCUGAUGCACUGGGAAAACACAACAAGGGGGAAAGAACGAGGCAAUGCUGAUGAUCCUCGCUGUAAUAUGAUGGAAAAUGGAUCCUGGGCAGUGUGCUCAGACUAAAAUGAGGCAUAAGAUAAACAAGUUAUGAAAUUUAUUGAGUAAGACUGUAUCGCAGGUGAUGAAAAGGAAUCAUAAUUUUGAAACUAUUUUUAACCCAAAUUAUGGAAAAUAAAAAAAUAUAAUGAAA